GAGGAAGAAGCAGGCUCCCAGCGGAGGAGCCUGAUGUGGGACUCGUCCCAGAACGCCGGGAUCAUGCCCUGAGCCGAAGGCAGACGCUUAACGACUGCGGUACCCAGGCGCCCCUAAAAGGUUAAACUUUUUAUACACAAGAAUUUCCCCCCAAAUCGUAAGUUCUCAACUGGUCCUUAAUCUGAGAAUCCAGAAUGUUUUGCAAAUUUUGUGAUUAAAUAAUUUACUUCACUGGCUCUCAAUUGGAACCACCUAGAGUGUUUUAAAAAGCAAAAAGCAAAAAAAAAAAAAAAAGCAAACAUUACCAGUACCUUGGCUCCAUCCCAGACCUGUUAGUCCAGAAUCUUGGGGGAUAGCAUUAGAAGCAAAAGAAGAGUAAAGAGCACCAUAUUUUUAUCUUUAUCAGUAGGCCAAAGUCCUUUCAAAAGAGAGAUUAAAGUAAAUCGAGCUGAUUGGUUACUUUAUGAGCCAGAGACACAUGUUGAAUUAGCAGGCAGUGUUACAAAAGUUCUAGAUUUCAAGCUCACAGCUGUCUAAGAAGGGAAUGCUUCCAUGGAUCCAGUUGUGGUUCUGGUGCUCUGUCUCUCCUGUUGGCUUCUCCUUUCCCUCUGGAAACAGAGCUCUGGAAAGGGGAAGCUCCCGCCUGGUCCCACUCCUCUGCCUUUCAUUGGAAAUAUCCUGCAGUUAGAUGUGAAGGACAUCAGCAAAUCCUUAAGCAACCUCUCAAAAGCCUAUGGACCCGUAUUCACUCUGUAUUUUGGCAUGAAGCCCACUGUUGUACUGCAUGGGUAUGAAGCAGUCAAGGAAGCCCUGGUUGAUCUGGGAGAAGAUUUUUCUGCAAGAGGAAAUUUCCCGAUAGGUGAAAAAGCUAAUAGGGGACACGGAAUCAUUUUCACCAGUGGAAGCACAUGGAAGAAGAUGCGGCGCUUCUCCCUCAUGACCCUGCGGAAUUUGGGGAUGGGGAAGACUGACCUUGAGAGCCGAGUUCAGGAGGAAGCCAGCCACCUUGUAGAAGAGUUGAGAAAAACCAAUGGCUUACCCUGCGAUCCCACUUUUGUCCUGGGCUGUGCUUCCUGCAAUGUGAUCUGCUCCAUUAUUUUCCAGACUCAUUUUGAUUAUACAGAUCAGGCUCUAAUUGGCAUCCUGGAAAGACUUAAUGAAAACCUCAGGAUUUUGAGCUCCCCAUGGAUCCAGGUCUACAAUAGCUUCCCUGCUCUCAUUGAAUAUCUUCCAGGAGGUCAUCAUACAAUAUUACAAAAUUCUGAUUUUAUAAAAAAUUAUAUUUUGGAAAAAAUAAAAGAACACCAAGAAUCCUUGGACUUUAACAAUCCUCGGGACUUCAUUGAUUAUUUCCUGAUGAAAAUGGGACAGGAAAAGUACAACAAGCAGUUCGAGUUUACUUUUGAAAACUUGAUGAACACUGCAGUUGAUUUGUUUGGAGCUGGGACUGAGACAACAAGCACCACCCUACGAUACGGUCUUCUGCUCCUGCUGAAGCACCCAGAUGUCGAAGCUAAAGUCCAGGACGAGAUUGAGCGUGUAAUUGGCAGACACCAGAGCCCUUGCAUGCAGGACAGGAGCCGCAUGCCCUACACGAAUGCAGUACUGCAUGAGAUCCAGAGAUACAUUGACCUUGUCCCAAACAACUUGCCUCAUGCAGUGACCCGUGACAUCAAAUUCAGAAACUAUGUCAUCCCCAAGGGCACAACCGUAUUAACAUCACUGACUUCUGUGCUACAUGACAGCCAAGAAUUCCCCAACCCGGAGAUAUUUGACCCUGCCCACUUCCUGGAUGAUGGUGGCAACUUUAAGAAGAGUGACUACUUCAUGCCUUUCUCUGCAGGAAAACGAAUAUGUGUGGGAGAAGGACUGGCCCGUAUGGAGCUGUUUUUAUUCAUGACCAACAUUUUACAGAAGUUUUCUCUGAAAUCUCUGGUCGACCUAAAGGACAUUGACACCACCCCAAUUGCCAGUGGGUUUGGCCAUGUGCCACCUCCCUACCAGCUCUGCUUCAUUCCCAUGUGAGGAAGGGCAGACCAUCCGCCUGCUGCCUGCAGUUCUCUGUAGCUCCUGCUCGUCUGGGGCAUCAUUCACCUUCUUGUCUCUGCUGGGGAUGCUUUCUCUGACCUCUUCUCCUAGUUCCCCAUUCCCUCCAUACCCAGUGAACAGCCAACCUCCAUUAAAGGAAAGUUUCCAGGGGCGCCUACGUGGCUCAGUCGGUUGAGCGUCUGCCUUCGGUUCAGGUCAUGAUCCUGGAGUCCCGUGACCAGACCCCACAUCGGGCUCCCUUCUCAGUGGGGAGUCUGCUUCUGCCUCUCCCUCUGCUCCUCUGUGGCUCGAGCUCGCUCUCGCUGUCAU